AUGCCAGCAUCCAAUGGGAAAUCACAUGAUACUUGCUGGAAUGUGUGGCUACGUAACUAUGAGGAAUAUUGCCCAUUCUUGCCCGAUAAAAGGGAUGUUACACGCCGCAUUGAAGUCUUGAACGUUCUCGCUAGAGCAGGCCAUAGCUACCUGUUUAAGAUACAGCUCGAUGGCAAAAUAUAUGCCCUUAAACUAUACCGACUGACACAACCUCACUGGCGACCUUCGCGGUUUGAAAGUAAUGCAUUGGGAAUGGACCCAUUUAUUGUUGAAGCUCGAACAUACGACUAUUUAAUCGAGAAAAAUCUCAAUGGAAUUGUUGGCCCUCGAUGCUAUGGUUGGCUCACAGUGACCAAAAACCAAGCAGAAUACUUAAGCCAGAAAUUAUGUGUGGCAGCAGACUGGCAAUGGAGAGCAGAUACAGCAAAAGACCCUGUCUGUGGAUUGCUGCUUGAAUACAUUGAAGGAACCACAGUUGACAAAGCUUGUCUCACAGCAGAGGGUGCUCAGAGCCUGCGUGAUCAGCUUGACCAGCUGCAUAACCUGGACAUUGCCCAUGGUGACUUACUUCCACGAAAUAUAAUGGUUUCCAAGGAUGGACGUGCACUCUUGAUAGAUUUUAGUGGCGCACUGUUAUUUCCACAGAACUGGUAUAGAAUGAAGACAAAAGACGAUGUUCUGCGUUUCGCGAAGCUUGAGAAAUCGGCUCUUGAAUUUAUGCUGUUUCGUCUCCAGAAGGUGUGCGCUUUCCUGCAUCUUUAUUUUGCAAGCCUUGUCUUUAAACUCACUAUUUUUCAGUUAAAACGACAUCAAGGAUCCAGGCUUUCGAAUGCGCAAAACGAGGAGGAAGCAUAUGGUGGUCCCGUAUCAGACAAUUUAUCUCUCAGGUUCACCUUCGAAGAAUAG